UUGUAUAAAACAAAUCAACUUGAUUCAUCGAUGGAUCUUCCGGAUUUAAUGACAAUGAUGGAUACGUUACAAUGGCUAAAAGAAAUUAACGAUAAUGAUUAUCUCGAAAUCAUUACAAUUGAUGCCGUUAAUGUCAUCAUAUAUGACAAGCAGAUGCGAGUCAUACGCACAUCAUCCCUGAUUACACUGAGUAAUUUAAUGGAACCAUUAUCAUCGAUAACCAGAGAUAUUUUACGGAUAUGUCAUUAUUUUCGAAUCGAUAAUCACACUAUCAUCAGUUAUAGUAUUGAAUUGUUUGAUAGAUUUUUUGAAAAUAUUCUCGAUUUGGCCAUAUCGAAAUCAUUCAUUUGGCUAGGCAACGAAUCGAUCGAUUUGACCGAACGUGUUGAUUUUGGUUCGAAGCAAAUGCUCAUCGAUAGUGGGGAAUGUUUUGAUUAUCUUUAUUUGAUCAUUUUUGGUUUGGAUAUACCGAUGAAUAUUCGUGAUUUGUAUGGUCGAAAUGAUUAUCGUACAUUAUGUAUUGCUAUCUGUGUAUUGAUCGCUAGUAAAUUACAUGGAGAACGAUCAUCGUUUUCAAGUGCAAACAUUAUUCAUUUGAUGGAACGAAUCAAUGCUCCUGCCGAGUUUUGUACGAGAAACAACAUCAAUUCGAUCGAGGUUAAUAUUUUGAAUUUGAUCAAUUUUGAUCCGAAUAUCAUAACAUUGAACAUUUUUGUCGAAACACUGCUAUCGAUCACAAUUCGUUACAUCCAGAUGAAUUAUCCAAAAGAUUAUCGUAGCAUUAAUAUCGACCAUCUUGUGAAGAUUUCUCAGCUAAUAACUCAAAACUAUUACAUAUCAAGAUUUGAAAUUUUUUGUGAUUUAUUUCGAAAUGAAUACAAGAUGGAAUUCCAGAUUGUUGUAUUAGAACACAUCAUUUCACUGCAAAAUUUAUAUCGUGAUAAAAUGCUAAUCGCUAGCGGAAUCGUAUCCUCAUUGUUUCAUUUGAAGCCACUAGAAACAUUUCAACAUGAAGAACUUUUGCAUUUUUUGUCAAACAUGACUACAAUACCAAUCGAUCGUAUUGGACAAUGUCGAGAUGUAUUGAUUCAACGAAAUUGUUAAUUAUUAAUUAUUAAUCAUUAGUAUUUGUUGUGAACAAAAACAUUAUUAUAAUACUAUAUAUGCAAAAAAA